AUGACAGGAAGUUACAACAGGACUACCGGCAAAGGAAAUCCAUCACCAAAACAAAACGAGCCGCAGAAGAGCCCACAACAAUCUCAUGCUACCGAAAUUAAGCAGCAGCCUGGACAGGCAUCUGAGUUCCGGAUUCUGGUGUUUGGGGCAAGACAGAGUGAGAAGACAACAAUAAGUGACCUCAUCACUGGAAAAAAUGGCGUCUCUCACCACGUGGCCAAGCAGUUUCAACACAACCGUGGAGAGUGGAGAAAGAAACCAAUCAUGUUGGUGAAAACUGGAGACGUUCUUAGUUUGCCUGAUGACCGAGUCAGGUUUAGCAUGAAGAGGUGCGUGGCCCAGUGCCAUCCUGGGCCAAAUGUGAUGCUUUUCUUAGUCAACCCUUUGGAUUUCACAGAAGAAAACAGGCAAAAAAUAAAGCUCAUCAUGAGCUUCUUUGGUAAAGACGCUUUGAAAUACUGCAUAGUCAUCAUGACGCAAAAUGAUACGGGAGGGAACUCAGCUGUCAACAAACUAGCCCAAGACUGCAGGCUACAGCAAAGAAUCAACCUCGAUAAGGGAGGUUUUCAUCACAAUGAUCGGCAAGAACUGAUGGAUAUGAUUGAAAACAUGGCCAAUGGAAACAGGGGAAAGUAUUUAACCUUUACUGACGACAGUGACCUAAAGGAAACUCCUGGAUGUACAAAAAAACAGGGACAGUUUUUAACCUUUACUGAGAGCAGUGACCUCAAGGAAGCUCCCAAAUGUACAAAACCCCCUCUGAACCUGGUGUUGUGUGGUAGACAUGGGGCCUUAAAGAGGUCAGCAGCUGCUACAAUCCUCGGCCAACAGAAGUCUGGUCUUAUCGCUGACUCAGACUGUGUUAAAAAUGAGGCAGAGGUGCUGGGCCGUCAUGUUUCCCUGGUUUGGCUGCCUGCCUUGAAUGGGAAACAUCCAGAAGAAGCAAAGCGGUUCUUAAUGAAGGCAGUGGCGCUCUGUGAUCCUAAGGGUGUCCAUGCCUUCGCCAUGGUCCUUCCUUUAGAUCCCCCGAGUAAGGAAGACAAGAGAGAGUUGGAGAUCAUCCAAGACACUUUCAGGUCAAGAGUCAAAAAUGUCAUGAUGAUUCUUUUUGCUGUGGAGGGGAACCCCAACUUUCAAGCUGUCACGAGGUUCUUCAAACAGAACAUGGAUGUAAAACACCUGCUUCAGAGGUGUGAUGAAAGGCAUGUUGUCUUCAACAUCAAGGACAAGCAGCAGGUGUCUGAGGUUCUGCAAACUGUAGAGAACAUGGGGGAUGCUGGAUGCAGAGGAUUCACUGAAGAUACGCUUCCAAAGCCCACAAGGAGUUCAUCUUUUCGAGCCAAAUACCCUAAACCUGCAAAUAUAGAGCCCUUAGAGAAGGCUCAGUAUUGUGAGCCUACCAGAGGUGUGCAGAGUAAAAGAGCCUCCUGGGCUGUUGGAGAGUCUGUUUGGGCUGCUAUGGAAAAGUUGUCCCUAGAGCCUCAAAGUGGAGAGCCCUUCACACCAAUGAAGACUCAACCGCCUGUGAAGGACAAAAAGCCUGUUGGGUUUGCAAAGAAUGACGAGUCUGCCGAAAAAGGGAGCCAGCCUCGUCCCCUGGAGCAGAGAAAAGAGUCAGUCAGGAAGUUACAGAUUAAGGAGCCCUGUGAGAAGGUUCAGCAGGAAGAAUGUCUCAGAAUGGUGUUGAUUGGAAAGACUGGUUGUGGGAAGAGUGCAACAGGGAACACAAUCUUGGGCAAUGAAAGUUUCCACUCAAAAACCUCCCUGAAGUCAGUAACCGUGCACUGCCGCAAAGAAACGGGACACAUCAACGGACGCCCCGUCGCAGUCGUUGACACUCCCGGCUUGUUCGACACAACUCUGUCCAAUGAAGAGGUCCAAAAAGAGCUGGUGAAAUGCAUCAACCUGCUGGCUCCUGGGCCUCACGUGUUCCUAUUAGUGCUGAAACUCGGUCGCUUCACUCAAGAGGAAAUAAGUACCGUGGAGUUCAUCAAGAUGUUUUUUGGCGAGAAGUCGAAGGACUUCAUCACCAUCUUGUUCACCAAAGGAGACGACCUCGAAGGUCGAACGAUGGAGGAGUUUCUAAAGGAAGACGAGCACGGCUAUGUCAAAAAACUGAUUGAUGACUGUGGGGGGAGAUACCACGUCUUCAACAACAAGGAUCAGAAGAAUCAUGCUCAAGUCAAAGAGCUGCUGACCAAGAUACAGUCCAUGAUUAAGAGAAACGGCGGUGGCCAUUACACCUCAGAGAUGUUCAGUGAAGCAGAAGCAGCCAUUGAGAAAGAGAAAGAGAGGAUCAUGAAGGAGAGUGAGCCAGAGAUACUGAAGGAGCAGAGAGACCUGGAAAGGAAACUUGAAGAACAACUGGAAGUCAAUAAAAACAGAAUGGCAGAGCUGAUAUCCAAGUUUGAUCGAGACAAAGUUGAGAAAGCCAAAUUGGUCAAAGAAAAAGAAGAGCAAAUUAAAAGGGAGCAGGAGAGGAGGAGGAGGGAACGAGAACAGGAGGAAAGGAGAGAGAAAAUGCAGGAGGAAUCUCGGCGAUUACAGAUAAAACAGAAAAUCUACAGUCUUGAAGAUAACAUCAACAGUGAUCCACAAAAGAAGGCAGUUAUCCAGAGGAUGCUACUGAUGCAAAACAGAGUAGAUCGACAGGUUUGGGAGAGGGAAAGAAAGGAACUGUGGGAGAAACGACGUCGAGAAGAAGAGGAAAGGCAACGCGAGGAGCAAGCACUACUCCAGAAACUCAGAGUCGAACGUGAGGAGGUGAUACAGAGAUAUGAAAUGAAGAGAAAAGAAGAGGAAAGGAUCAGAGCAGAACAUGUGGCACAAGUUCAAGAAGAAUACAAGAGGAGACUGCAGACACUACUGAGGAAGAGGGAAGAGGAGGCCAGAAAGCUUGCUGAAGAACGCAGUGAAUCCAAUCACAUUUACGACAACGUUCUUAGCCCUGAGGUACUCCGGUGCAUGGAUGAAGUAAAGGAGCUGAAGCAAAGGCGUACAGAACAUAAUAAAUACAUCAUACGAAAGCUGAUCCAGAACAAAAUGUUCAAGAAAGACUUCGAGAAGCUGAAGAAGAGACAAGAACAAGAACUUUAUCAGUUACAGUCCAGAGUAGUCACAGACGAAACCCACAUAGAAAUGAACGACAUGAAGAACAGGCAUGAGGAGGAAAUAGACGAGUGGGUACAGAAACAUGUUCAAAUGGUCCAAGGGGGAAAACCGUGUUCGAUUUUAUGA